AAAGCCCAUCAACGCGGAAGUUUCAAUUGUACAGGAUUGGUCCUAUUGCAAGCUUUGCCCAGUCUUCCUUCCAUUGAACAGCCGAGGAUUUUCUAGGUUGCCGAAAUCUCCCAUGAAGCUACUCCAGCCCGAGGAAAGAAAGGCCAUGGCCACCUAUCCCGUGUUUAUUACAUGUCAGUGAUUUUGGUCAGGGGUUUGGACUUCUGUCGCGUCACCUUAAGAGCUGUUCCUGUCGGGAUGCUACGGGUAUUUGCCCUUCUGGUUAUUAUCGGCUUAGUGCUUGCGUGCUUUGCUUCUUGGGUGCUGGAUAGUUAUGACACCGCUUGGCACCCUCAACGGAGUUUAAAGCAUUCUGAUGGCGAUCGUAUUAAGAAAAUCGAGCCACCAUAUCCCGGUGAGCAGCUGGAUAACGUAUUUUGGUUUAUUCAGGUAUCGGACAUUCAUAUUAGUCGCUUCCAUGAUCCAAGACGCAUACCAGACUUUGAAAGAUUCUGUACUGACACUAUAGAUGUCAUUAAACCAGCCCUUGUACUGGCUACAGGGGACUUAACAGAUGCAAAGACUAAGAAUAAAGUUGGUUCCCUUCAACACGAGGUGGAAUGGCAGGCCUAUUACAACGUUCUGAAGAGGUCACGAGUGCUGGAACAAACCAAAUGGAUCGACAUUCGUGGAAACCAUGAUGCCUUCAAUAUCAUAUCUUUGGACAGUGUGAACAACUACUACAGGAAGUAUUCUGCUACCCAGAAGGUUGGCUCCUUUCACUAUGUACACACAACACCUUUUGGGAACUAUUCAUUCAUCUGUGCUGAUGCCACACUCAUCCCUGGACCCAAGCGACCCUAUAACUUCUUUGGAAUACUUAAUCAGAGUCAGAUGGACACGCUGGCCGUGUUUGGCCGGGAAAGCCGCAGCAGCAACCAGACGAUCUGGUUUGGACACUACACCACAUCCACCAUCAUCUCCCCGUUCCCAGGAGUCCGAGCCCUCAUGAGCACAGCGGUGGCAUACCUGUGUGGCCACCUGCAUACGCUGGGGGGCCUGAUGCCCAUCCUCCACAGCAGACACUACACGGGCACCCUCGAGCUGGAGCUGGGAGACUGGAUGGACAACCGCAGGUAUAGAGUGCUGGCCCUUGACCAUGACCUCUUGAGCUUCUCAGACCUAACGUUUGAAGACUGGCCAGCGGUGGUCAUCACCAAUCCAAAAGAGGCACUGUAUCUCAACCCAGCAGUGGAGCCUCUGGGCCGCAUGGGCAGCUCCACCCACAUCAGGAUCCUGGUCUUCUCACCUGCACCGGUCACAGCUGUGCAUGUCUACGUGGACGGAGCGGCCCUGGGGAAAGCCACCUCAGUGAGGGGGCCUCUGCAUGUGCUGCGCUGGGACCCCUCGCUCUACCUCGCCGGACUGCACACCAUCAUGGUCAAAGUGGAGGACUCAGCGGGUCAUUCCAAAGUGCGAGAGCAGCUUUUCACCCUAGAGCAGGACCUCGCACCCGGCUUUGGUUUCCUCCAGUCCUUCAUUCUCCUCACUGACCAUUGCAUCCUGGCACGGAUCGCUUUCAUGGCCGUCGUGCUGUUGAACGUGGGUGCCCUUGUGACAUUCAGAUUCCUUCAGGCACCUUCCACACAUGGUGUGGCUCACCGGAGACAUGGAAACCUGUCUCAAGCGUUUAUGUCCUUCCACCUUGUCAGCAAGAUCAAUUUCUUCUUCUACACCCUGUUGCUGUUUAAUCUGUGCACUGCAUUAGGUCCAUGGUUUAUUGGGGAGGUGAUUGAUGGGCACAACGGAGCCUGCUUUGCUUUUGGCGUGUUUGUGGACGGGCAUUUUCUGGAGGGGAGUCUGACCUAUGUUGUGGGUAUAAUUCAGCUGAUCUUCUUCAACAUGCCUCUGACAUGCUACCUCUGCUGGAGCCUCCACCAGCGUUGGCGUGGUUGCUCAUUUCGCUCGCAGUUCUUCCGUCCGGGGGGCCGCUGGUGGGCCCUGGCCGUGCACCUGGCCAUGCUCCUCCUCCUCGCCUGGCAGGCCUACUCCUGCUACUUCCUGCUGGAGACCUACGGGCUCCUGGCGUUCCUCCUGUCGCCAGUGCGGACCUGGGCCCUGGUCAUGGGCCUGCUUCUGGCCUGCAGGGCCUGGCAGUGGGUGGCGCCACAGAUCGCCAGCAAGCCGAGAGCGCCGCGCAGCAAUGCCAAGAGCGCCGCACAGUCGUGACAGUAAGACGCUGUGCAGACGCAAACAUCUGUCCAGUCUGCUGUCUUUGUAAACGUUUUGUUGUUUGUGGCCUUUGUUUUGUCUCGUUUUUGCCUCUCGUUAUACAGUCACUAUAUUAGCAGUUGUUGUAGUGAGAAUGAAGGUGCCAUCCACAAUCAGUAGGGCCCUACUGAUUUCUCAGCAAAAUCUGCUUUGUUUCCUAGUCUUUCAAAAAUCACAUUUGUUUUACAGAUUUUACAACAGAAUGCUACAUUUCAUGGCAGUUAUUAAACAACAUUUUUUAACUGCAGAAGGUAGUAGCCUAGUCUGCCAUACAUACUUAAUGGCUGAAUGAAAGUAAUGAACUUUUUUUGCCCAAAUUCAAGCACUCUAGAGUGAUGUAUUGCAUAUCAACUCAUUUGCUAUGAAAACAAUUACUUGGACUGUCUCCUGGUGCAAAUGAACUUACACAUUUGGAUGCUACAUAAAUCCAAAAUGUCAAGUAAGCUUUGCACAAACUUCCAGUUAGGGUGCAGUCCACAAAGAUUAAUUUUACCAUAUUUCAUGGCAGAUUGUUUAUUACAGGGGAAAAAACUCUGUGACUUUGAUGGGACCCUAAUAAUCAGUAACGUAGACUCCUUUGCUGAAGAGACGAUGUACCACUUGGGAAUCAUUUUAACACUGGAAGUUGUGAACUGUGACCUGAGCAAUGAUGGUCUGCUCUGCUGCAAGACUUUAUAUCCGUUAUCAAAGGUUCUUUAUUUUUGAUAAAAUGCAUGCCAAUUUUGGACCACUAUUGAGGAACUACAUGUUUACCAAAAUAGCGGUUUUUAUUUUUGUUUUUUGUCAAUGAAUCUGCUUAAACUGAUUUGUUGACAUUGUAGUUGCUCAGCUAUACUUAUUCAGGAUGACCAUUGCAUUUUGUCAGUAAGAAAGUAGUUGGCUUUUGUUUUUGUUUGAACCAAAUCUUGCAGGUUUUCAGUUAAGUUGAAAACAAUGGGCACUGUUCAUAUAGGUGCCACUAUCUCACUUGUUGCUAAAUCAAGCUCUUAAUGAGCCUUAGUUUUGCAAAAAGUCUUUAAAAACAAUCCGCAAUUUCUAGUGCUGCUAUAUCCGUUGAUACAAAAGCGGAUCAUAGACAUUGAGCUUGUGAAUUUCUGCGCCCUCUAUUUUGAAUAUUCUUACCAACUGAACCAGUUCAUCAGAACAUGUUGACUGCCUGUGCUGAAAUAAAAACUAUGAAAUGUAUACCACAGCAGUUAAAAGUCUGGACACAUUUAUUUAUUUAUUUAUUUAUUUAUUUAUUUAUUACCAUUUCCCACUUCUCUAUUAUUUAAAAAGACGUCAAAACUAUGAAAACACAAAUGUGACAGUUUGUUAAACAAAUCAGAACUUGUUUAUAUAUAGAUAUAUUUCAUGGUUGCGAGCCCUUGUUUUGAUGCACUGUUUACAUUCUGUUAACCACUACCCAGAGGCACUUCCCACAUGUGCUAAGUGCUAAGAAAAUGAUUCUAUUUAAAGUCUUUUGAAAAUGUACAUACAUUGACCUAUUUAUGUUUGUCUUGAAACAAGUUAAAGCAUAAUGUUUAAAAUGUAUUUUAGAAAGAAAUUUAAAAAAUAAUAAAAACAUGCAUCCAUUGAAGUGUGUCCAAACUUUUGCUGCAAAUGGCAGAGGAAAGUGCUGUCUAUUUUGCUAAUGAUAGACUGAAAUGUUGUGGAUUUCAUAAUUUUAAAUAAUUAUUAUUUUUAAACCAGCAAAGAUACAAGUCUGCAUGUCAUGUAAAACAAGCUGGUUCGACAGGCAAAGGACAAAACACCUUUUGAAAAAAAUUAUUACUGUUUUCUUUGGAGAAAUUUCUAUCUUGUAUGAGGGGUCCCAAGUUGAUCCUGCACAAAGUUCAGUAUUGGUGUUUUGCUGUGAAACUUUGUUUUAAAUACACUGUGGUCAAGACACUAUUAGUCUCAGAUUGAAACCCCUGUUUGUGAGUGGUGAAUGUAAGUUUGGAUAAUUAUUUUUUAAUUCUUGUUUGCUUGGUACGAUCUUCAAGCAGCAUGAAAAGGCAAUCGGUAGUGCAUAUACACUAAAGUUAAGCAUGUUUCAUCCUUUAUAUGACUAAAGUCCAUAUCAGUAACUCACAGGUGGUCUUCUCUGUCCUUCUGUGGCAUUCUGCUGUGAAUAUAUCCUGAUGUAGGAUGUCAACUACGGAAACAAAGUCGAUCUGAUAAAAAUUUGUUUUUGAAGAAACCAGAAGACAAUGAAGAUUUUACUUGCAUUGUAUCUAGCUGAUGCAAAUGAUGCACGUUUUACUGUGACCUUUAUCAUGAUGUAAAAUUUGGGUCUUAUUGUCUGUUUGUCCAUUUUACAGGUGUAACCACAAAUCUGCUGUAAUGGGUUCUGAUGAAUUUGUUGACUUGUAUUGCUUUUCUGGGUCGGGUCACUCAAGGUCUCUGCUGUCUCUCAGGAAUGUAAAGACUUGAAAACUGGGCUGCUCUGGAAUUUGUUUGCUAAAUGUAUAAUUGGGAUGGGAUUUUGAGAAAGUUCCGGAUGCAGAACUCAUCCGUGAGGUCUUACUCUCCUGUGGAACCUACCUAUGUGAGAGCGGUGCUGCUGUAAUCAUUAUUGUCAUCUACACACUGCAUAACUUAACUUGCCAGUAAGCUACUCAAUAAGUUAGCCACCGCUAGCUCAAAUGGAAGCUUCAUGUAACCUCAACGUUGUAAGAAGUAGAAGUGGACCGAUCAUAACUCUGUCACUGCCAGGACUCGUAGACGAGGCGAGUCUUACACGGGAGGUGGACUGAGAGAUGAGAUCACAGCCAGACACCAUUUUAAUUUUAUUUUUUCUUUUGUGGCACAUGAAAUAAUUGAGUUGGUGCAAUCCAUGUUUCAUACAUGCUGAUCUAGAGUUGUGAUGAAGUGAUAUGAUUGUUACUGGAAUUGAAUUUGAAAUUCUGUGGUGUUAUAAUUUAUAUAUAAUUA